AUGUCGCAAAGCCAUGCCCUUUCCGACGAUCAGGUCGCGGGCGAGCUCCGCAAGAUGACGGCCUUCAUCCGGCAGGAAGCGCUGGAGAAGGCCCGUGAGAUUGAACUGAAGGCCGAUGAAGAAUUCGCGAUUGAGAAGUCAAAGCUCGUCCGCCAGGAAACCGCUGCCAUCGACACACUGUACGAGAAGAAGUUCAAGCAGGCUGCCAUGUCCCAACAGAUCACCCGCUCCACCCUUUCAAACCGUACUCGUCUCCGCGUUCUUUCUUCUCGUCAGGAACUUCUUGACGGGCUGUUCCAGCAAGCUCGUGAUAAGAUCUCCGACAUCGCAGCUAAGGAUUCUAAGAAGUAUGAAACUGUUCUGCAGGGACUGAUCCUUGAGGGCCUGUACGCUCUUAAUGAGGAGAAUGUGGCCAUUCGGGUGAGGGCAAAGGACAAUGGCGCAGCUAAGAAGGCGAUUGAGGGAGCGCAGAAGGUAUUCAAAGAGAAGGUUGGCAAGGAUGUUACUGUGGAGAUAGAUGAGGCCGAGCCUUUGCCAGAGGGAUCUGCUGGAGGUGUGGUCGUUGUCGGUGGUCAGGGUAAGAUCGAGCUUAACAACACUUUUGAAGAGCGCCUGCGGUUGCUCGAGAUCGAUGCUCUUCCCGCCGUGAGGGAAACACUAUUCGGAAAGAACCAGAACCGGAAGUUCUACGAUUAGACUAAUACCUGUCCUAUUAUUGAUUUUGCGCCAAGUCCGUUAUCGCUGAUUCUUGUAUCUAUGUCUCUUUGAUUAACGCUCCGCGUGCGGAGAACUGCAUAGCCUUGUCUACAGUCUCUUAUUAUCCUCCAGUAAAGUUUAUCUACGCUUAAGUUAUCCUUCAAUGUGAUCAAGUGGGAAAAGGCAGGGUUACAGUAGAGUCACUGGCUGUUGCUAUCAAGAUCACAUC